AUGCUCAAUCCCCGGAUCAUACGUUCACUAUUUCAUACAACAAAAUGGCACAAUCACUCAAGUUUGCCCGAUUUGAAUCAAACGGUUCCGCAUGUGCCCGUGAUGUGCAAUGAGGUUGUGCGCCUGCUGAAUCCGCAGCCGAAUGAGGUUUUCCUGGAUAUGACAUUCGGUGCCGGUGGCCAUACCCAGGCCAUGCUUGACGCAAAUCCGUCAUUGCAAUGUUUUGCAAUGGAUCGUGAUCCCGAAUUCCUAAAACAUGUUGAGCGGUUAAGAGGCAAAACGAAUUGUCAUCUCAUUCCAAUGCUCGGACCGUUCAGCCAGUUGCCUGUUUUGGGUGAAACUCAUGGAUUCCAUCCAAACACGGUGGAUAUGAUUUUGAUGGAUCUGGGAGUUAGUUCUAUGCAAUUGGACGAUCCACAUCGAGGAUUCGGGUUCAGACACUCUAGUCGCUUGGAUAUGCGUAUGGAUGGAGUUGUUUCCGAGAAUAUCACAGCUGAGGAGGUCCUUAACACGCUGGAACCAGCUGAUCUGGCUCGGAUUUUUAAAUGUUACGGCGAGGAACGCUAUGCUCGAAGGAUUGCCAACGCGAUUUUCGAGCAUCGCCAUACACUAGGUCCUGUACGAACGGCCAAACAAUUAAGCGACAUUAUCAAUUCCGUUGUUCCCCGUCCGAGUGAUCGGUCCACCUCAUCCACCAAUCCUAGCACCCGCGUGUUUCAGGCACUUCGGAUAUUUAUUAAUGACGAACUAAACGAGUUGUGUGCAGGUUUGGAACUGGCCGAACGUCUACUCCGAUCUCCCGGCCAAUCGCCUACCGGUCAGGGGGGUCGACUCGUAGUCAUCUCGUUUCACUCACUGGAGGACCGUUUGGUCAAAUGGGCUUUGUCCAACACAGCCGAAUUGAUUGCAAAUCAAACAGAUAACCAACUGUCGUUGGCAAAGCAAUUGGCCAACCGGACAGAAAAGAACGCGGUGGGUCUCCAUCGUAGACAACAAUUGUUGUCCCAACUGGCACCUGAAAAAUCCUGUGAAGAACAGUCCCGAUUGCGUUGGAAAAUAGUAAGUGCUACGUAA